AUGAUUGGUAAAAUCGAACAAAGUGGAACUGUUCGCGAUUCAUCAUUUUCAAUCUUGGGAACCAUUUCGACAGAUGGAAGUGUUCGUAACUCGACCGGAACAUUAAUUGGAAAAGUGGAAGAAAAUGAAACUGUGCACAAUAGCUCGUUUGCCACAAUUGGUAGAGUUGAUGAUGAUGGUACUAUUCACAAUUACACUUUCAUACCGAUCGGUCGAUUACCUAGAGAUCCAAAAGUAUGGGCUGCACCUGUAUUUCUACUAUUCAAAUUCGACAUGAGCUAA